AAUAAUAUUCCAAACUAAGCUUGGUGUUUCAUAAUAUGUUCUCUUUAAGAAAACAUUUUGGUGAUGAAUUAAAUAAUAUAAUUUGGUUAGUUUUAUUAUAUUUAGUUCAGGGUAUACCUAUUGGUUUGUCAUUUGGAACUAUACCGUUUCUUUUACACAAACAUGCAAGCUACACACAACUGGGUAUAUUUUCAAUAAGUACAUAUCCAUAUUCACUAAAAUUACUAUGGUCACCAAUAGUAGAUUCAUAUUUUUUUAAAUCGUUUGGAAGAAGAAAAUCAUGGAUCGUACCCAUUCAAGUCUUAACAGGACUUAUGUUUGUAUCGAUGAGCUUUUUCAUAACAGACUAUAUUGAGCAUGUAGAAACCAACAUCAUCCCGAUUUCACUGUUAUUUUUUACUUUAAUAUUUUUAAUGGCCACUCAAGAUAUUGCAGUUGAUGCUUGGGCACUCUCAAUUUUAUCAAAACCAUAUUUACAUUAUGCAUCAACCUGUCAGACAAUUGGUUUAAAUACAGGUUUCUUUUUAUCCUAUACUAUAUUUUUAUCCCUCAGCUCACCACAUUUUGCAAAUAAAUAUUUUAGAACAACUCCUUCAGAUCAAGGUUUAAUAACACUCGAGGGAUAUUUAAAGACAUGUGGCAUAUUUUUUAUAAUUUUUAGUUUAUAUUUAGCAUUCUUUAAAGGUGAAGAACCAAUUAAAAAACGAACUGAUUUUAUCGUUGAAGACGAAUAUAACAAUAAUAAAAAAAAAUCAAUUGUUCAAGAAACUUAUGGAAGUGAUAUAAGCGAAGCUGAUUUAACACCAAAACAAGUUUAUAGAUUACUUUGGAAAAUCAUAAAUCUCCCACACAUUAAAACAUUAUCAAUAAUGUUUAUAGUUGCAAAAAUAGUCUUUCAGCCCAAUGAUUGUGCAUUAAGCCUAAAACUUUUAGAAAAAGGACUAAGUAAAGAAGACAUUGCCUCAUUUUCUCUAAUUCAAUUCCCAAGUGUAAUUUUAUUUUCAAUUUUUUCAAGUAAAUGGGUUAAAAACAAUCCUUUAACUAUUUGGAGCAAUUCAUAUUUAGUUGGUACAUUCUUUGUGUUAAUCAAUCUUUUAAGUGUUAUAUUUUUCCCAAAUUUUAAUGGCAAUGAAAUCAGUUGGAACUAUUUCUUUUUAUUAUUGGUUAUCCAUUUAUUAUCAACAUUUUCAUAUAAUCUAUUAUCAGUUGCACAAGGUUCAUUCUUUUUAAAGAUUAGCGAUAAGAGUAUUGGAGGAACCUAUGUUACUUUAUUAAACACCAUUGCAAAUUUCGCAGGAACUUACCCAAAAGUUUUUAUUUUAAUGUUAAUAGAUAGACUUACUGUCAGCCAAUGUACUGUAAUAUUACCAGAAUCAUCCGAAGAAAGUUAUAUUAGUGGCACAGAACAAGCCACUAUAAUAAUACAUAACAAUAUUUCAAAAGAUUCAUGUUUAGAGCAAAAAGGAAUAUACACAAUUGAAAGAGAUGGUUAUUAUAUGGUCACAAUGGUGGCUUUUGUCUAUGGUAUCUUUAUGUUUUUUGUUUUAAAAAAAUAUUUAGUGCCAAUAGAAAGAUUAAAACUUUAACAAUUAUAAUAAAAUUCGUUAAUUUUAUAAG